AUGUCUCAGCCUUCUCGACUGGAGAAAAAAGCGCAGGACUGCAUCGAUAGGGGAGAGUUCUAUGAGGCUCAUCAAGUCUACCGUACUUUGUAUUUUCGGAAGACGCAACAGGAACAGUAUGAUGAUUUGCUCCAAAUUCUUUGCAACGGAUCGAAGAAACUCGGUGAUGUGAAAGAAGCACUGAGCGCUCUCGAUCUUGCCGAACUCUACGCAGAAACGUUACUGAAGUCAAAGACUGAACCCUCCGAGAAAAUUUUCGAGCAGCUGUCUUCUGUGGGUGGUUAUAUUUCUUUGCUUCUGCAGCUUUGUGAUCCGAGUUUUCCCAUCCCUAGCGCAGAUUCAUUGAACAAGUUUAUUUCUACAUGUGUGAAAUGGUCUCAAACUGUUGCAAGCAGACGUCGGGAGCGGAAGCAUGGCCUCAGUGAAUUACACUACGUGAUUGCUCAAGCGUUUUUACAUCACCGAAACUACGUGAAUGCUCGAAAUCACAUGCUCUUCGCCGAUCAUCCUGAAGAAUUCGCUAAACUACUACACACUAUCCGCGAAGAGGGAGGCAGCAAAUCAUCGGAGGCAGAGAUUUUCUGCGUACUUCCUUUCCUGCAGAUGCUUACUACUGUAUGGAUCUUCCAUAAGAUCACCGGUUGGGCAGGACCUAUUGUGAAGCUCUUAGCAAUGCACCGUGUUCAUACGGCAUCCAAACUUUUGACGGCCUAUUUGGCAAUUCUGAACGAGUCACCGUCUUGCAAUGGUUGUCGCCAGGAACUGUUCAACUUUCUCAAAAUGCUCUGUAGUGCACUUAAUCUUCAUGAUGUGAGAUUUGCUUAUAGUAAACAAGUUCCUGUGAAGGUCAUUAAAUUUGUUCAGGUGAAACUUUUUGACCAUUUGGUUGAAGCGUAUAAGCCGCACCUGGAUGUUGAUCCCACAUAUCAUAGCUACCUAGAGAAAAUUGGCCAAAUAUUCUUUGGGAACCCACCGAAGAAUAAGAACGACUCAUUUGGUGGACUUUUCGGAAAUAUUUUGAAAGGUAUAGAUUUGAGAGUGCUUGGCGAGAAGAAAGAAGAAGAUGAAAUUUUCUCUGACUCUGACUUCGAAGCUGGAUCGAUACAUACUGGACGAUCUGAGACGGAAGACGCCUAUGAAACCGCGGAAGAAUCGGAGAUGACCGAAUGCGAUCGUCAAAAUCCACCACCAAAACGUGCCACGGAGGAGAUUUUCGAUGACCUCGAUUAG